AUGAUCAACAGCAUGGCAGAUAUCAAACCCCCCUUCACCGAAGAAACCGCUCGUCUCAAAAGUCAAAGCCGCACAGAACAUGUGGAAUACGCAGUGAGUCCCGAUUUCCCUUGCGCCACGACUACACCGUCCGCGCCCAUGUGGUCAACGGACCCUGCCAAAGUCGCGCUGGCAUACACCCCGACUUGCAUCUGGCGAAAUCGCACUUCGUUCUUCGCGGGGACCGAGUCGAUUGUCGAGUUUUUGGCGGCGAAGUGGAAGCGGGAGAGGAAUUAUCGGCUGCGCAAGGAACUCUUUGCGUUUCGGGAUGAUCGCAUCGCUGUGCAGUUUUGGUAUGAGUAUCAGGAUGCUGAUGAUGGGAUGAAGUGGAAACGCUGCUAUGGGUUGGAAGACUGGACUUUUGAUCGAGAGUCUGGGAAAAUGUGUAAGCGUAUGAUGAGUGGGAAUGAUUUGCUUCUUGGCCCAGAUGGGAAUGGCGAAGGACGUUGGUUUGUGGAUGGAGUUGAUGUCAAUGAGGUUCCGAUCGGUCAGGAGCACUGGUAA